CCUAGAGGCGGCGGGGCGUGGCCCCGUGGGGGCUCACCCUGGACUGCCGGUUCGAGCCCCAGCGUUCCUCCCUUCCACACCCAGGUCCCUGAAAUCCCAAAUCCCCGCCCUGGGGCGCGGAGCAAGGAAACGCGCGUCCCCGCCGGUCCCCUCUGGGCUGGAGGAGACACCUCUCCCCGGCUGGCCAUUUUCUUGAGGAGAAGCAGCAGGCAGCAGCAUUACAGGCAGGAGAGGAUGCAGUGCCACGUGGACAACACGCAGGCAGGGGACAGGCCGGAGGCAAAGCAGGAUGAAGCCCCUCUGCUUGCCCAGCAUCUCUCCUCUCGCACAGGGCUCUGCUCCGCUCGCUCUGGCCUGGCCCUAGCCCUGCAUGUCUCUCUCUUUGUGGCGUACGCACUGCGGGUCAGCCUCAGCAUCACCAUCGUCGCCAUGACCAACAGCAGCCACCCCCACGGCUGGUCCGGCAGCGCUCCCCAUGGCUCCUACCCAGGAUUUGCUCAGGAUGCCCCCGUGUACAACUGGAGUGCUGAGACUCAAGGAAUCGUCCUCAGCUCCUUCUUCUAUGGCUACGGCCUCACGCAGGCGCUGGGCGGGUACUGCUCAGGGCUGUUUGGGGGAAAACCCAUCCUGGGCAGUGGGCUCCUGCUCUCCUCCGUGCUCACCCUCCUCGUGCCACCAGCAGCAGAGCUCGGCUUGAGCUUCCUCAUUGGGCUGCAGGUGCUGCUGGGCUUGGCUGAGGGAGUGAUAUUUCCAGCUCAGUACACACUCUGGGCAAAGUGGGCCCCUCCGCUGGAACGCAGCAGGCUCAUGAACAUCGCUGAUGCUGGUCAGCCUGAGGCAGAAGAGGGAAUCCAGACACCGAAGGGAGCAAACGUGGAUACAAAAGUGCUUGUUUGCACAGGCGCUUCGUUUGCACCACCACAUUUUCCCAUUGUGAAUCAGGCUGGAGGCUGUAGGAUGCACUUUUGGGACUUUCUUUGCUCUCUUCCUGGCUGGGAUCAUCUGCCAGAGUCUGGGGUGGCCUUUUGUCUUCUAUAUCUUUGGUGGCGUUGGCUGUGCCUGGUGCUUCUGCUGGUUCCUCCUCGUGUACGAGGACCCUGCACAUCACCCAUGGAUUAGUGCCAGGGAGCAGGAGUACAUCGUGUCAUCUCUGGCUCACCAGGGCAGCUCUCAUGGCUGCUCCCUCCCACUUGUGGCCAUGGCUAAAUCACUGCCUCUUUGGGCAAUCACCGUUGCCUGCUUCUGCACAGACUGGAUGUUCUACUUGCUGCUGACCUCCAUGCCCACGUUCUUGAGC